AUGGACGAGAAAUCAUUGCAAUUAAAUGGCGACAGACAUGUCCAAGGAAUAUCACAGGGAUUUGAACCCUUUAUGAAUCUCGUGAUAGAUGAAUGUGUGGGGAUGGCAACUACUGGAGCACAGAUUAUAAGAAUGGUAAUAGUAUGAGGAAGUGGUCUCAUCAUGUUAGAAACCCUGGAAAGAGAAGCCCCUUCCCCACCUUCCCUGAACCAACCCUGCACCCCGGACUCAGCUAUCAACUGCUCCGAGACGGCUGUCCUGACCUGCCUCCGCCCGGUCGGAACCUCCCGGGGCUCCGUCUAG